AUGCCCGAAGAAGAGGAUUGGUAUAGCGAGCGUGUUGACGGUUACUUGAAGCGGGAGGCUGUGAAGAUCCGUUGCGAAAUAACUACGACUUGGAUGGAAGGGGACCCGGAUUGUGGAUGUGCAAGAGCGAGAGAUGCAGAGCGCCGCCGAACCGGAGGGCGUAAGAGAGGCACCGGAAGGUGGGCGAUGAGGGAGUGGGACCUGCCAGGUCAAAUGAAGAACUCGUUUCAAUUUGAUGAAGCAGAUGCGGUUGACGCGAACCGCAGCGUCGGUUCUGAAUUAUCGAGCUGA